UUGCUUGGUCAGGUAUUUUUUGACCAGUUGUCUAUUUGAUGUACAAAUUUGAUAGUUUCAAUGAAAAAAAUCGAGGUCAGUGGUGAGUGGUGACACAAAGAGUACGGCCGACUUUGACAAGAUCUUUGGCGUGCCAAACAGCCUCCAUCUUAGAGGUACAGGUGGGCAAAAAUCAUCUAAAAACGUGCCAGCACUUUCUCCCAUACUCUGCCAAAUUAACUAUGCUGGCUGUUUGGCUCAAGAUGGCUAGAGUCCUUUAAUCCUGAAUUCGAAACAUCAUAAAAACAAUUCUAAUGGAGUCAACAAUGAUGAGGUCAUUACAAAUACCAACAUUGAUCAUUAUAUGCGUCGUUGUAAUGAUGUUUGUACACAACCAAUCGCUUGUUUCAAAAACUGAAUUAGAUACACUCGAUGCAAAAAUCGGUCAUGCGAGUUUGGAACCAAAAGUGCAGUACUCACUUGAAUAUGACCCUAAUUGUGAACUGUGCAAGUCACGGUCAAAGAAGAAAGUACAUAUCGUGACAACGUUCUUUCAUAUGGCUCUAAUGAAGGGUACUGCCAAACUACUUCUUCCUAAUUCAGAUUGGGGAGAUAAAGUGAAGAUAGACAAAAGGGAAGCAAAGUCGAUGUUCCAGAAGCGUGAUCGUGAACUGCUAGAUGUUUUGCAAAUGAAUUUGAUGAAUCCUUGCGUGAUGGCGGUACAUAUUGUAUACAACAAUGAAAAGGUAGUGGAACACAUUAUGAGCCAAAAGCUCCGUUUUACUGACAAACUCAUUUUUCAUUUGGUUGCAAAUCCCACAUACCAACACAUUAUGCUGUAUAUUGGCAAGUAUCUACGUCACCAGCUUGUUGUUUUUGCAAACCAGGACAUUUAUCUGGGCAGAGGCUGGAACGAUUUGAACCAUGAUCUAAUUGAGGAAAGGAGAAUAAUGUAUGCUCUCACACGGCACGGAAAACGGGAGAGGUAUUGCCGAAUGCCGGACAACUGUGCUCAUUCACAGCCGUAUCUUGGCAGUCACGAUGCUUUUGCUUUCAUCCUGACCGAGAUGCCAAACCCAAAACAUUUUGCAUUGCUCAAUCAUAGAGGCGAUCAGUUUGGAGUCGAGAAUAUCUUGAUAUUUGUAUUCAAUAUAAAGUUGGGAUACGAGGUGAUUAACCCUUGCUUUGUGUUGUUCGUAUAUCAUGUUCAUUGCUCGAGGAUUUUCUCUAAUCACAGAGUAAGGGUCAAUCGCUUUAAUAAUACUGGAAUGGCGCAUUUUAUGGAUCAGCUUUAUGUCUAGUCUUACAGAUACAGCCUAGUGUGGGAAAUGUAGGAAGUAAAGAGUUUAUGAUGAUGGACAUAAUGGUCAUCUGGCUCUCUCAGGGCUUUUACCCAUUGCUGAAAGAUCGAUAAACCCAUAGAAAACAAGAGUUUGCAAACUAGAUUAUUUAAUGCGAAUAAAAAAUUCCCAACUAAAGCCUUGAUUAUUGUUUUCUCUAACGUUGAGAGAGCGCUUAGGCCAUGUUGCUUUGCUUGGGCCAUGUUGUUUUGGCUAUGUCACUUUGGCAACGUUGCUUUGGCCAUGUUGCUCCUUGGCCAAGCUUUCUCACAACGACACUACGUCUCAAUUUAUGUGCUGAAGUUUGAAACAGCAUAAUUUCUGACGAAGCGCUUUCUUUCGAACCAAAUUGCUAGACCUGUGAUUAAAUGUUUCCAAAUAAAGUCAGUGAAUAUUAUAUAGAAUAUGUUUAUGGAUAUUAAAAAGUUUAUUAGCUAAUUCUGCUCCGUUGCCAUCAAACUUGGAUCCCUCUGGAUUUUUGGCGAUAUCGUAACAUAGUUUGAGCACUAGUUACCACUCAAAAUUGAUGCUAUUAUACGCUUUGCGAGGCGCAGCUUCCAUAUUCCCCUAUACAUCCCGGAUCAAUUUUGUCUUUGUCUGGUAUACGUUUUUAGUCUAGGUAUGUCUUCGGGUAUGACUUCUUCCUUUCUCCUUGAACCCAGCGUAGAAUGCUAUUUUAUUUCUUCCAUCAGUCUGUUGUAGUUUAGGGCUUAUUUUCACGUACAGCUGCAUCAGGUUUUAAAAACAGUGAUAUGGUUAGUUUUAAAUUAGGUAGUAUUUGUAACCAAUGCCCUGCUUGGUAUCACCAAAAUGCAGGAGCCUUUAUUUUUAUGAUUUUAUACGAUCGCAUUGCAAUGUAGGAAAAUCUACAUACAGCCCUUAUCUUUCUAAAAUAUGCAUCUAUCGUGGAGAUUAUGCAAAGAGCUGUUCAAACGUAGUUUCCUUCAAGGUAUGAGUUUCAAGGUAAGCUAGAUGCAAUAGAGUGGUAUGUUAAUUUAAUGCAUCUGGUAGAAAAGAAUGGGUCAAUUGUGACAAAGGUGUUCAUAUUAUGCUUCUAGAGUUGGUAGUGUAUUCAUAUUUUUUAUAUAGAUCGUACUUGUUAAUUAAUAACCUAAUAUCAUUGAAAAAUCCUGGUUUAUUUACAAACACUUCAGUGUGAACUUAACAUUGUUUUGAAACAGUGAAACAGUUAUGCUAGUUGAUCCUUACAUGUAGAAAUUUUUAUAUUGAACGUUGUGUUCCUGCUUUCCACUCGCCUAAUUUUUUAUCGCUUUUAUUCAAAGAAUCCCAUUUAUACAAAUAUGUUUUCUUUUUUUCCACCGACAAUUCAAUGUUCAUUCUUAAACAACAUAGCUAGAUGUAUUUCUAGAUAUAUGCAGCUUGAAAAAGAUACAUUUUAUACCAAUUGUUCAAGCAGCGUAAGCGUUGUCUCCACUUGUUACGUGGUUGUUGGAACACUUAGCAAGUGAUUUUAAGAAACGUCCUUGGCAAGAGAUGGUCAGCCAAAGUGAUUUUUAUGUACCCGUAAAUAUAUAUAAUCAUCGCAACGCCUUUCUUGGAACGCAAAUGAAUAGAAAUUGUCUAGAUCUACUCCUUGCUGUAAGGUUUACUCUCACUCUUUCCUUUGUUUUCUAUAAAAAGAUUCUUCACGAACCAGUUUUGUUGUAUUUUAGUAAUGAUUCUCAUUAGACGAUAAUAUUGUGCAUUCUCUGCUGCCAUUUUUUAUAGUCAUCUGCAUAACCCACAUGGCCUCUUCGAGAAAUCAAUAUACAAUCAACCUUAUUUCUAUCUAAUUGUCUGUUGACCUUAAGCGCCAAGCGUGAAACUCGGAGUAAAAAGUUGAGAAUGAUUUGAAAAUAUGCGAGUAAUCGGCUUGCAUAAGACUAGUUCAACUCUUAUUUUCAUAUUUUUAAAAUUGCAAGCAAUCCUUCUCAUGUAAACGGUGCGCCAUCAAACAUCAAAGGGCCGAAUACGGUGCUUCCUCAGGGCUUCUGCCUUGGUCCACUCUUGUUCUUGAUAUAUCAAUGAUCUUCCAUUUUCGUUAGAACGCGGUAAUGUGACGAUUUAUGCUGACGAUUUUACUAUUUCCUAUUCAACUAAAAUCCUCGAGAAUCUCCAAAAUGUAUCAAAUUCUGACCUAUUGAAUCUACAAGAAUGGUUACAGGAAAAUGAGUUUCUACUGAAAUAAUCAAAACUCAAUCCUUUUCUUGCUAUUGUUCGAGCUUCCAAUAUUAAUAGGAUAAAAAGUCAGCUUGAACCUCAACCUUCUCUGAAAUAGAUUAUUAAGGCACUGAGGCAAUUUUCGACAUAAAAUAUCUCAGAAUUAAAAAAGGUCGUUAUUUGUACAGGGAUAAGGAUAUUCAAAUUUUAAUAUGAAAAUCAAAUCCUUGAAUGCCCUUGGUCUCAUCAAACACUCUAAGAAAUAUUUGUCAUUUGAUAUUGUGGAUAAGAUCUUCAGAAGCCUUGAUGAGCCACAUUUGAGCUGCUGCUGCUCAGUCUUCGGUGCUUAUUCCAUAAAUAGACUCAACAGCUUACACAAAAUACAGAACAAUGCUGCAAGGGUUGUGUCAAGUAGCAGAAAUAUUGCAGGAAUAACAGUGCUGGAGUAUUGCUUGGAUCAGGGCAGAUUGGUUUCCCCACACUUUCCUGACACAUCAAACACGGCUACGUAUUCUUUCAUCCUCAGUGUUCGGCGUCAAAUUGUAUUUGAUGAAUUAUGAAAUUAUGAAUUUUUUAUGAAAUUGCUCAAGUAACAUUAUUAAAAAAAUUCUGUUCCUCUGGAAUGGCUUGAUUAAAUUUCUAACGAUUUGUUUUUUCUUCAGCUGCUCUCAGACGUUGGCUGCUUCCCAGCCCAAGUUUGCUUCGGAGGUUUCCUAUCAAUUUUUGUGGUACUUCCAAACGUAAAUUUUGAGAAAGAUAGUGCUUGUGGAAAACACAAACACGGUUUUUUUCACGAAACUUUGCUAAACACCUGCUUUCAUUUUAAAUUAAUUAACACCAAACCUUGAAUAAAGGUCUAGACUGGGCGGGCCUUGUUCAAGAUGGACCUUUUGCAUUUCCAGGAGGAAUAACCAAUGCAUAAGCUACAAGUAUGACGAUAUUGCUUGCGUAUUUCAAACAACUUCAAUUAACCCUUAGAAUAGCAGGUCGUGAAUGCUGUGAGUUACAUAUUGCAGUACUGGAAUCAAAGGUGCUUGGGGCUUGCAGAUUUUCUGUAAAGCUGGUUGUUGCUCAAUUUCCAAUGGAUCUCCUCGUGAAAUUUUCCUAUAAGAAUCCUGAAUCGAAGGUUUUAUACAUUCUGUUAUUGAGUACAUAUAGGCUCCAACAUCGAAAGGGAGGAGAUCAGGCGAAGCUACAGGCAAGAUUAAACAUGCACCAUCAUGUGUUUGGGCGUUUAUCUCAGCAGCUGUGUCCAUGGUUCUAGGAAUUUUCAAAAAGGCUACUUAGGAGUUUUACACGCACAAAUUCAAAACUGCCACGGGUUCGUUCCACUUUGCGUUCAAACUGCAAGUUAAAGCAGUUUAUCUGGAUUCCACCCUGGUCAACCCCGCCAAUCAUGUGUGGGUUAGAUUAGCCCGGAUCGGACACGGGCUAGUUGCGUUCAUACUGUACAAAAUGAUUGUUGUUUACCAUAACCCGGGUCGAGCCAGGGUUAAACUUCGUCCACAAAAAUUUCUUUGGUAUUACUGGAAGCUUGAUAAGUACAUACGCUAAGUCAAUGUGGAUGUACUAUAAGUUUUUCGCUUAAAAUGGUGUUAUGCAAACUCAAGGACGCAAUAUGCAUUUGGCACGCUUAGCUGAAUUAAACAGGAUAGUAAUUAGAGUGCAACCUUGCGUUAUCCCAAGCUUUUUUAACACUAGCAAGCUAUUGUUUGAUUUCUCGUUCAUAUUCUUCAGAUCUACUGUUACAAAAAACGGCUCUUUGAGUCUUAUUCAACAAACUUCAUUGAAAAAAAUGUAUUUUCUGACUAGAGAAGAUUUUGGCGAAAAUUAAGUUCAA